AACUUAUCGAUGUCCGCGGUUGGACAUUGAUCUUUGAUACAUGCCAAGGUGCCAUGUAUGAAGAAGAAGAAACCGGCUUACAGUUCAAAAGGCAACCAACCGAAGAUAAUAGGUGCGGGAUAUGUCCCACAUACUUUCAGAAGCUAUGCGCAUUCGAUUUUCAAACAAACCAGACUUAUAUAUUCGACAAUGCAUGCAUAAUGGAUUUGUUUAAUUGUAUACAUGGCACAGAAUUCAUCAAGUUAAACUACGAAAAUUGCCUGUACUUCGGCAACUUCGCUUACGUGCAUGGCUUAAAAUAUGAAGAUUAUGACUAUGGCGAAGACCAUAUAAUUAUCAGUAAUUCAAAGAAGAAUCCAGAUUUUGUGCGCCGAUGAUUAUUCUAGAGUAUGUAUUCUAGAUUAUUCUAUAUCUUUUUUUUGUAAAUAUUAAAAACACAAUGAAAAUCCGAAAUUCCUUGAAACAGUUUUUAUUUAAGUCUUAAUUAAAUUUCAGUAAAUGUGCUGGA